AUGGCCCCACUGAGCAAGCACUCGAAAUUGAAGCCCGCGCAUCAUCAGCGGAAGAAGCUGCUGGCACGCAAGAAGCCGCCACCCACUGUCAAGCAAGCUAAGAAACAGGCCACCAUGGAGACGAACCGACGCUUCAAGGAUGAGUACCAGCUCACUUACAGCGGUCGAGGCCAGGAGACGCCGGCGCAGUCCGUGAAGUUGCGAGAUGCAGAUAUGCCAGUUCACAGCGACAUUUGCAAUCUCAGCCCGAAGACAGCCAGGGCGAUGCUUCAACAUCAUGGCGUCCUGCGCGGAUGGCGUGACAGGCCUACCUGCCACUGCUGGGCGUGCGGCACAGUGAUGGAGGCUGCAGAUUCAGAGUCCAACAGUUACUGGUGCUCCGCUGGCCGCAGCUGCACUCAGCGAUGUGGGCUGACCGAUGCGACAUUUGCAUAUACCCCUUUCAGCCGCCAGGCAGCUGCAGGCUACGAUCCGGACUUCGUGCUGUUUCUCAAAACGGCGCUUGCAGUGUCGUGCAAGAUGAGCCAAGACCAGACUGCACACCUGACGAGAACCAAAGAUAUGAGCACCAGAGCGGCCUAUGAACAGGUCACGCGCUUGAUGCAAGCACACAAAGUGGCAAUGGCUUGGUCAGAGACGGCACGUACUGCUGCAUCGAGCACGCGGUUUGACCGUGAGAUCGUCGAGGCGGACUCGGCGAGGUUCAGCAAACGCAAAGAGGUUGACGAGCAAGGCAAGCCAGUUCGAGCUCAUAACGGUCGUACUUUGGUGCUCAAGGGAAGACGCACCUAG